AUGGUGAUCUCGAAAUACUCUAAAGACAAGAUUGGCUACCCGUACCCUUCGUCUGUUGAGCCUCGUGAGACUCCCACGCUCGCAAACGAAUCGUCGCGCGCUCCUCCUUCCCCUAGCGUCUACGAGAACGAUCAUUACACUCUCGGAGUCAGCACGACCCUUUCCGAGACAGCUCCGUCUUUCCAGACCGACAAUUCUUCCAACGGGACAUCUUCGUCGCUGCGUGCUUCUGAGGAGACCGGCUCAUCUAUACGCAGUACUCCCGCCCGCACAUCGAGGUUUGUGGAGGAAUUUGAUCUGGAAGAAGAAGUUACCCUUUGGUGCUUUGAAAAGCUUCCGGUGAAGAAGAAGCCCACAAAUCUUGAGCUCGAUAGUUUUGACCGGGUGGAUCUGGUUAAUUCAUUGACUAGCCGCACUAUGUCAAUGGGGAGUUCGAAGAUACAGCCUCUGGUUAAGUUAUGGAACAGCAACCGAAUAGCACUAAACAAGGACCCUCUUCCGAACUUGUCGAAUGUUCCGUUCCGGACGCUCCGAGGAGUUUUGACUCGAACGUAUUCACUUGGUAUUAUUAUGGUUGUCAAUAUCGACGCUUCACACGCAGAUGCAGACGUGGACGUGUUCAAGUACUCCUAUGCCUUGCAAAGUCUGCAGAUCAUGACUUCUUAUUUUUGA